AGCAAACUCACCUCGUUCUCGCUCGUGGAAUAUGAGCGUGUCGUACAGCUCGAUAGUGAUAUGCUAGUCCUUUGCAACAUGGACGAGCUAAUGGAUAUUGAAUUGGAUUCGCCUGACAUGGCCGGAACUGGUAACCGUGUUUUCGCUGCCAGUCAUGCUUGUGUUUGCAAUCCGCUGAAAAAGUCUCACUAUCCAAAAGACUGGAUUCCAUCCAACUGCGCAUUCACAUCUCAGCAUCCCACUCCCGAAAUCGCCCAAACAGUUGGCGCUUCAUCUACGACAGGCCUAGGCAUACCCAACGGAGGUCUCCAAGUCCUCAACCCGUCUCUGGAAACCUUCAACAAAAUCGUCAGCCAACUCGCCACAUCUGCAACAUCCAGCUACGACUUUGCAGACCAGUCCCUCCUCCAAGACGUCUUCUACGGCCGUUGGGUUACGCUGCCGUACGUGUACAACGCUCUUAAACCGAUGCGCUGGGAGGGUGUUCAUGACGCUAUCUGGCGAGAUGACAACCUUAAGAAUGUACACUAUAUACUCAGCCCUAAGCCUUGGGAGGAGACUGAAGAUGUCUGGAAAGCACGCGAAGAGGCGAGCCAGAGCCCGGAUCCAUCGCGAUGGUGGUGGGACAUUACAAAGGAAAGGUUGAAGGAGGAAAAAAGCAGAGGUGUGGAUGAUGGAUUUUAGACCAUGUCACCUGAAUAUAUGUACACUAACUUGAUUUCCAAGAUUAUGAGAUGCCAG